GUUACGUCAAACAGAAGCGCGGUGUGACGUCAGAGGAAUGGCUGCUGCAUCUGUCCGUGUGCGUGUGUAGCUGAGGGAAGCUGGCAAGAUCAGGAUUUCUCUGUGUAUCUGAUGGAACAGCAAACGGGUAACAAUACACCAAUGCUUUGUAGAUGGAACAGAGAAGACGUUAUGAAAGACACUGAUUUGAGAGAAGGCAUAAGAGAUGGCCCAUGGUUUGAUGGUGCGCAAAAUGAUCACGGAGAUGAAGAAGAGACCCCCAUAAGGUCGAGUUUCUCUGUGGAGGAUCUUCUAGAUGAGGUGGAGAAGAUCAGCAGUGCUCCGACAUGUGACAAGGUAGAGAUUGUUGUUAGACUGUGGAAAGAUGGUUUUACUGUGAAUGAUGAGGAUUUGCGCAGCUACUCCUCAGAGGAGAAUCAGGAGUUCCUCGAAGCUCUUAAACGAGGGGAGUUACCUUUGGAACUGGAGGGAAGAGCAGAUGAGGAGGAGCUGGAGGUCAGUGUGGAGGACAUGAAGGAUGAAAUAUAUGUCCCAAGGAAGAAGACCUUCCUGCCUUUCAGUGGUAAAGGAUACAGGCUAGGCAGCGUGGCACCUAGAGUUGUGGUCAGGUCUCGGUCAAUCCACGAAGAUUGCACUGGCCCUCCAGUCCCUCCAGUGGAGCUGGAUGAAGAACUGCCCAUCACUUGCCUCCAGAUAUGGCUAGCAGAUGGCCGGCGACUGGUGCAGAGGUUCAACCUUUCCCAUCGAGUCAGCGAUGUCCAAGGCUUUGUAGAGAAAGCCCAGACUACAAGCUCACCGUUCAUCCUGACCACAUCGCUGCCUUUUCGGGAGCUCACACAGGGGAAUCUGAGCCUGGAGGAGGCCGACCUGACGAAUGCUGUUAUUGUCCAGCGGCCUCUCUGUACACAAGCACCGUUUGGUCACUUCUGAUUAAAUACCUUAACUGGUCACUUUAAAGUAUAGAGAAAAGUUUUAUGAACCUUUUUAAAACACAAAAGCUUGCAGUACCUAAUCCUUACGAAAAAAAAAAAGCUGCUUCAAAGUCUUUACAACUGCAGACCUCGUUGCAUUAAUCCAACUUUAUUUUGAACUCCUCUACGAGGAAUAAAAGAAUGGAAACCCUUUGUGGAUGAAAUUUCAUCUCCGUCACUUUGUGAUCUUCAAUCAGAAUGCAAUAACCAUGUACUGGUAGUCUAAUAGUCACAUGUGAAUGCUGCACAUCCUAUAAACACAAUACAUUUUAGGGAGUUUAUAUAGGUACGGGUCGAAUAACUGACCGUCAUUCUUUGUUCUUCCCUUGUCGGAUGCCUUGAUCAAAUCUGAUGCAAUGCAGUACACACAUGCCACGUCCUUAAUAUCGAUGUUCAAUAAAUAUCUGAGACUGUGCUGUGAUUGCUUUACAAAGCAAGUUCUAAAUGCACUUCUCUGUGUUUAGCACAGACUUGACUGAGGCUUAUGAUAAGAAUACUAUUUUUGUGUGUUAAAACAUUUUGCUGGUUCGCUGUUAUGAAGUUCAAGGCAGAAUUGAUUUGCAAGUGGAUACUGUAUGUACAUGCACUUUAAACUGAGUGAAAAGGUCUUUUGUACUGGAGCUUUGCUUGCAAUAAAUCCAUUAAACAAUU